AGGUUUCUGAACGGUAACAAAAAUUCGAUAAAGUACUUGUUUCGUAACAGGUAGAAUUUCCAUUUGCGUUUUAUAUCAGUAAAACUAAAGAAAUUCAACAUGUACCAUCAACUGAGCCGAGUUACGGGCAGGCUUGUCGCCUCUACUCAUCUGCAGAGCCCACUAUUUCCAGUUGCACCAAUUGCCUUGCAACGGGUGGAGGCUCCAGUGAUCCAAUACAACACGUCUCAUAUGUCCACUGUUACGGAACAAGCAUGCCCCGCUGGUCCUAAACGUAUGAUGCCCGGCACCAACGUCCCUUACCCUCCUCUCAGUGACACCAUCAAGAAGCGCCAGGCACAGUUCCAGAAAGAGGAUGAUGUGCCAGUAUUCUUAAAGGGAGGUCCAUUCGAUGCUGUGCUAUACCGUUUGACAAUGUUCCUCUGUGUUGUUGGUUUGGGUGGUAUCGCCCACACAAUCUACUCUCAUGCUGUACCCAAGAACUAAUUAUGUGAAUAGCAAUAAAUUUCUGUUAUGUAUUAGAUGGCUACUGGAUAAUAGCAGUGAUAAAUAAAUAUUAUAAAUUAUA